CCGUAUUUGAAUUACAGCGCCAUCAAGUUCUACACAAAUAGAUCUAGAGUGAAGCAGAAGACUGCUAAAAGACGAGGCCGAGACAAACAUGUCGGGAACAAGAACCUUUUUUGUCGUUAUAUGUUGCCUAACUGUUAUUCCCAAGCCUAACCUCGCCGAUCCUUUGCCGGGAAUGUUGUUUCCACGAGAAUCUGAAAGUAGAGAAUUAAAAGAUUUAAAUGGUCUUUGGAACUUCAGGGUUGACUCGAGUAAAACCAGAGACGCUGGGUUUCAGGAGAAAUGGUACAGCAAGCCUUUAGAAAAGUCUGGUAGAGUGAUACCAAUGCCGGUGCCUGCAAGCUAUAACGACAUCACCCAGGAGAAAUCUAUCAGGGACUUUAUCGGCUGGGCCUGGUACGACAUGGACACGUAUGUCCCUCAGAGGUGGAAGGACAACUCAACAAGGGUGGUUCUGCGUUUUGAGAGUGCGCACUACUACAGUAUUGUGUGGGUAAACGGCGAGAAAGUGAUGGAGCAUGAAGGAGGCCACCUUCCAUUUGAAGCAGAUGUCAGUGAAUUCUUACACUACGACCAGACCAAUAGAAUUACAGCGGCCAUCAACAACACGCUCACCCCAACUACCCUCCCACCAGGGAGGAUACAAUACUUUGGGGGGGGUGGGGACUGGCACCCCCCUGGCUACUUCAUCCAGACCUAUCAAUUUGAUUUCUUCAAUUAUGCGGGAAUCCAUCGCCCUGUCAAACUCUACACCACCCCUGUAGUUUACCUCUCUGACAUCACCAUAACAACGUCAUUCAGUGACAAUGUCGGAACUGUCAAGUUUCUGUCAGUGGUCGGUGCGAUCAAGUCUAUUCCGAGAGGGGAUAUCGAUAUGAAGUACGAAUUACUGGAUCACGAGGGGUUUGUCGUGGCAUCCGUUGAGGGGACAGAGAAGUUUGAGGGGGAGUUGACUGUCCGGAAUCCGGUCCUAUGGUGGCCAAUUGGAAUGAGCAACAACACGGCGUAUCUGUACACUCUAAAGAUUUCAACAUCGUCAACCCAAUCUUCUUUACAAGACGUUUAUCGCCUUCCUGUGGGAAUCAGGACUGUUCGUGUCGAAGGGACAAAAUUUCUUUUCAACAACAGAGAGUUCUACUUCAAAGGCUUUGGAAAACACGAGGAUGCGAACAUCCGAGGCAAGGGUCUCGACAACGUGCUGAUCGCUAAAGAUUUUAACCUGAUGAAGUGGCUGGGAGGUAACUCAUUUCGGACAAGUCACUACCCGUACGCCGAGGAAAUAAUGGACAUGGCCGACCGGACAGGCAUAGUGGUCAUUGAUGAGUCUCCCGGCGUCGGAAUUCAUUAUUCUGAUAACUUUGGCCCAGUCUCCCUCAAGCAUCACCAAGAAGUCAUGGCGGAGCUUGUGCGCCGCGAUAAGAACAGGCCAGCGGUUGUCAUGUGGUCUGUAGCUAACGAGCCCCUGUCGAACCUCGCCCAAGCCGAAAAGUACUUCGCCCCGAUCUUCUCAGAGACCCGUAAACUUGACCCAACUCGGCCUGUCACAUUCGUUACGAACUUCAAAGCGUGGAGCGACAAAGUGGUGCAGUUCGUGGACGUGAUUCUGUGUAACCGCUACUACGCGUGGUACCACGAUUUCGGACAAACGCAGCUCAUCUCAAGGCAAUUAGAGGAAGAGCUGAUGGACUGGUACAAAACCUUCAAGAAGCCUGUGGUACAAGCAGAAUACGGCGCAGAUACCUUGGCAGGCCUUCACUCGGAUCCAGCCUUGAUGUUCACUGAAGAAUACCAGAUCGAGUCGAUUGACCAGUACUUCCCCGUGUUCGAUAAGCUCAGAAAAGAGUUUCUAGUAGGAGAGAUGAUAUGGAAUUUCGCGGACUUCAUGACCCAGCAAGGGGUCACCCGAGUUGUCGGCAACAAGAAGGGAAUCUUGACGCGUGAACGUCAGCCGAAAGCCGCUGCCUUUGUCCUGCGCCAGCGAUACCUGAAUAUAACACUCGAGCAGAGUCCAACAUCUACAGGAGACGAACUCUUAGACGCGCUUGUCAAAUUCGAGUCGCGAACACCCACCACAGGGAACCAAUAAUGACACCGGCAACCCAAACCUUAUAACCCCUUGAAUUGCGGGAAAUAGUUUCUUGAGCGGUUGUCUUAAAUCAGCGGCGAGAGAAAAGCCGUGAGAUCGAUUUUGACUUUACUACGUCUGUCCAAUUCAUUUUGAAAAGAUACAACGAUUACUAGCCAAUUGUCUUUUGUUUGUAAUUUUGUAAAUAAAUAGCAAAGAAAAAAAAUCCAAGACUUUUGAUCUAAACUUGUCGCCUAUCAGAAGCACCAUAAAACUGUAACGAGAGGUACCAAGUACUGUAGAAUCUUUGAUGGCACUGCUUUAUUUGAGAAGAAGAGUACUGACUGGAGUUGUGGUUAAAGUGAUGAGUAAAAGAGAAGUGAUUUUAUAA